AUGGUGGGUGGUGGUGUAAUUUUUCCUAUACUCAUAAUGGUCACCUUUUUAUCUUCUAGCAUGGAAGACGAGGAGGUUAAAGGGAAUUCCGUCCAAUAUAAAUGUGUGUGUGAGGGGAUUUCCUGCGGCAGCAGAGACCGCUGUUACGGACAGCAAUGCUUUGCCUCUCUCAGUAUGAACGAUGGUCUCUUGGUUUCUCAGAAAGGCUGCUUCCAAGUCUACGAGCAAAGCAUAAUGACCUGCAAGACCCCUCCUUCUGCUGACCAGGCCGUGGACUGCUGUCAGGGCGACCUCUGCAACAUGAACAUUACAGCGCACUUACAAAGUAAGUCAGGCACCGCCGAGACGUUAAAUUCCAGCGUGGAAACCCUGGCAUUAUUUAUCCUGGCUCCAGUAGUCGUUCUAAUAGUGCUUUCAGUUGUGGCCCUUCUGAUCUUUCAGAAAAUUCAACAACGGCACAUGGAGCGGUUGAGUACACGAGAUGCGGAGUAUCGGACUGUAGACGGGCUGAUCGCGUCCAACGUGGGGGACAGCACCCUUGCGGAUCUGCUGGAUCACACGUGCACCUCUGGCAGUGGGUCUGGUCUUCCCUUCCUGGUGCACAGAACACUCGCCCGCCAGAUCACCCUUGCAGAAUGUGUUGGUAAGGGUCGGUACGGAGAAGUAUGGCGCGGCCACUGGCAAGGGGAAAGCGUCACCGUUAAGAUCUUUUCAUCCCGAGAUGAGAAGUCCUGGUGCAGAGAGACUGAAUUAUACAACACGGUGCUGUUAAGACAUGAAAACAUCCUAGGUUUCAUUGCCUCCGAUAUGACUUCAAGAAACUCCAGCACACAGUUGUGGCUUAUUACGCACUACCAUGAAUUGGGAUCUCUCUACGAUUACUUACACGUAACCACAUUAGACACGGUGACCUGUCUCAGAAUUGUCCUUUCCAUAGCCAGCGGACUAGCACAUUUACAUGUGGAGAUUUUUGGUACGCAGGGGAAACCUGCUAUUGCUCAUCGGGAUUUAAAGAGCAAGAACAUUCUAGUUAAGAAGAACGGACAGUGCUGCAUUGCUGAUCUAGGAUUGGCCAUGAUUCACUCACAAUCAACCAAUCAGCUCGAUGUUGGGAGUAACCCCUAUGUAGGAACCAAGAGGUACAUGGCUCCCGAGGUCCUCGAUGAGACGAUCCAAGUGGAUUUUUUUGACUCUUACAAAAGAGUUGAUAUUUGGGCUUUUGGCCUGGUCCUCUGGGAGGUCGCCAGACGCAUGGUUAGCAAUGGUAUUGUUGCAGAUUACAAACCUCCCUUUCAUGACGUUGUUCCUAAUGAUCCUAGUUUUGAAGAUAUGAAGAAAGUUGUCUGUGUGGAUCAACAAAGACCAAACAUUCCUAAUAGAUGGUUUUCAGACCCAACGCUAACAUCCCUGGUUAAAUUGAUGAAGGAAUGCUGGUAUCACAACCCAUCGGCAAGACUCCCAGCCUUGCGCAUCAAAAAGACUUUAACCAAAAUUGACAAUUCUUUAGAUAAACUGAAAUCGGACUGCUGAACGUC